AUGGGUGCAGCAGACAACAUUUACAAAGGCCGAAGUACCUUUAUGGAAGAACUGACAGAUACUGCUGAGAUAAUAAGAAAAGCAACUUCAAGAUCACUAGUAAUUCUGGAUGAAUUGGGAAGAGGAACUAGCACACACGAUGGAAUCGCUAUUGCUUAUGCUACAGUUGAACAUUUUAUCAGAGAUGUGGAGUCGCUGACACUGUUUGUCACUCACUAUCCCUCAGUUUGUGAGCUAGAGAAGGCGUAUCCAGAAAAAGUUGGUAAUUACCACAUGGCUUUCUUGGUGAAUGAGGAGGAAAGUGCUGAACAAAAAGGAUCUGAAGAUGAAGAGAAUCCUGAAUUUAUCACUUUUCUUUAUCAAAUAACUAAAGGAGUCUCUGCAAGGAGUUAUGGGCUAAAUGUUGCCAAACUGGCAGAUAUUCCUGAAGAAAUCUUGAAGAAGGCAGCUCAUAAAUCAAAGGAGUUGGAGACUAUAGUGAAUAUGAAAAGAAAAAAGCUACAAUCCUUUGCUGAAGUAUGGAAGACAAAUGAUUCUCAGGAACUACAAAAAUGGAAAAGAUACAUUUGUAAAGAACCACACAGUACAGUGCAGAUUUAUCUAGACCUUGUUCUGCUGAUGUGGAGCAGCCAUGCAG